CUUGGCCGAUGCGAUCUCGAGCUGCCAUGGCUCUCAAACAACUUUUUGCCAUCUCUAUCACCCCCGACAACGUGACUUCAACCCCAAUAUGAACUCGACCCAUUUAAGGAAUUGGAAAACUCUCCGGUGCAAACGAGAUGUGAUGCAUCUUUGCCUGUUAUCCUCGACACGAAUACCUGGAGUCUGGUACAGCCGAAAAGCCAUGUUAAGAGGCCUCACGUCUGCGGAUCUCUGCGACCCCAGGGAAAUUGGUUCAAGGCUUUCGUCAGCUUUUCAUCGACUGGCUGCCAGCCUCCCCAAAGACACCACCACCAUGGAAUUGGGAAUGGCUCCCGUCUUCCGCUAAUCGUUCUACUCGCCAGACCAACGUGGUCUUUCGAAAUCGGGACCUGGGAAACCGCCGUUCCCCGCCCCGCCCC